UUAACACGCUUUGAUAGCUUUGCUUUUCCAACACCAAUAUACAGAAACAGGCAUAAAUUGAAAACAAUUAACCGUUACAGUUUUUGUUGUUGUUGUUUUUUUGUCUUUUUCUGGUGGACCUGGACACUAAUUUACGUUUAAGCUAAAUAUCAGCCAGACUUUAUCGUUUUAGGUUGAUGUACUAUAACUGAUUUUAAUUGCUGUGUCAUUUGGGUUGUCAGCAGGGAACAGCAGGACGUUUACCUCUGAGCACACCAACCUUUGUUCUUCAUAGAAAGGGAGGCAGAGGGAAAUCCUACCGGCUCCUCAGUAGAGUCUGAGUUAACAAGCUGCAGAGGCUCCGCUCUGUCCACUCUGAGGACACAAUGAAGAAGGAUUAUUCCAUAGAGCAGAGCAGGAAUCGACGGACAUCUUUUACAGAUGAUGGUCUUCGAUGGAGAACUGGAUCUGAAUUUGCCCACCCAGAUCACACCGACGUUCCUAGCAGCAGGGUGUCCCACCCCUCCCUGUUUGGGAAAUACCAGCCCAGCCUACAGACUCUCAAGCCCUUCCGCUGGUCUUCCCCACAAUCCCACCCUGUGGACAAGGCAGGCUUCUUGUCGUUUACAACCUUUGCCUGGAUGACUCCCAUGAUGUGGGCCAUAUUCAGGAACAGGCUGGACUUGUCCUCUCUUAGCCUCUCCCCAUUUGACGUAGCUGACACCAGCGGAGAGAGGUUGCAGAGACUCUGGGAGGAGGAGGUGGCAAAGAAAGGCCUGGAGAAGGCGUCCCUGGUCAGAGCUGUUCUCCGCUUUCAGAGAACGAGGCUCAUUCUGUCCGUCAUCAUCGGCACCUUCGCCAUGGGAGCAGCUUUCGUUGGCCCAGGCAUCCUGGUUAACGAAAUCCUGAACUACAUAGAAAGCCCAGAGAAGUCCACGGUGGCCCACGGCGUCGGUCUGGCCGUGGCUCUGUUCUGCACCGAGUUCCUCAAAGCUUUCUUCAUCUCCCUGAUGUGGGCGGUCAACCUGCGGACGGCCGCCAGGCUGAAAGGAGCCUUCUCCUGUAUGGCCUUUCAGAAAGUCAUCUCUCUGAGGGUGCACAGCGGCAUUUCAAUGGGAGAGAUGAUUAACGUCUUGACCAGCGACGGCCACCGGUUGUUCGAGGCGGUGCUGUUUGGGAGCUUCGCGCUCUGUGCCCCGGUGAUCUUCAUCGCCUGCGUUGUGUUAGCCUGCUAUGUUUUGGGUUACACCGCACUGACAGGAGUCUGCACCUACAUCAUCUUCGUCCCCAUACAGUUUGUCCUGGCAAAGCUCAUUAACAAGUUCAGAUGGAAAGCCAUGCAGCUCACAGACGGCCGCGUCCGCACCAUGAACGAGAUUCUGAACAGCAUCAAGCUCAUCAAGAUGUACGCCUGGGAGGAGUCCUUUGAGAAGAAGAUAGCAGGGUUAAGAAAAAAGGAAAAGAAGCAGGUACGGCUGGUCAGCUACAUCCAGAACAUCAACACCAGCAUCACCAGCAUCAUCCCGACCGUCGCCACUGUUCUCACCUUCCUGGUGCACACUCUGCUGGGUUUGUCGCUCACCACGUCCGACGCCUUCACUACCAUCGCCAUAUUCAACUCCAUGAGGUUCUCCCUCGCUCUGCUGCCACUGUGCGUGAAGGCUCUUGCUGAAGCCGCUGUGUCCCUCAAGAGAUUAAGGAAAAUCCUGCUGGUCCAGAAUCCCGAGCCCUACCUGGAGCAGAGGAAAGGCAACCACACCGCUGUAGAGAUGAGAAACGCAACGCUGUCCUGGACCAAGGCAGCCAGCGGGCCAGACCUCCCCAACGGCCAGAUGAAGAACCACAAGCAAGACGAGACGGAUCUGAGUGAGAGCUUAGCAACGCUGAAGAACAUCUCCUUCACUCUGCCCAAGGGCAACCUGCUGGGCGUGUGCGGCAACGUGGGGAGCGGAAAGACGUCGUUCAUUUCCAGCAUUCUAGAACAGAUGCACCUUAUUCGGGGCUCCAUCACAGCUGACGGGACAUUCGCCUACGUCUCCCAGCAGGCCUGGAUUUUCCACGGAACCGUUCAAGAAAAUAUUCUGAUGGGGGAAGCUUUCGACCAGGCCAAAUAUGACCGGGUUUUGGAUGUGUGCAGCCUCAGAGCUGACCUUCAGAUACUUCCAUAUGGAGAUCGGACCGAGAUUGGAGAACGGGGGCUCAACCUGUCAGGAGGACAGAAGCAGAGGAUCAGCCUGGCAAGGGCCGUCUACGCCAACAAAGACAUCUACCUGCUGGACGAUCCGCUGUCUGCUGUCGAUGCCCACGUGGGGAAACACAUCUUUGAAGAAUGCAUAAAGAAAGAGCUUCAAGGAAAAUCCGUCAUACUUGUCACACAUCAACUCCAGUAUCUGGAGUUCUGUGACGACAUCCUGGUUCUGGAAGAGGGCGAAGUGAGGGAGGCCGGGAAUCACCAGGCACUGAUGAAGGCCAAUGGACGCUACGCUCAGCUCAUCAGCAACUACCAGAUGGAGCAGUCGGAAACGCAGAAGGAGGAGGAAGAAGAGAAGGAGGAGGAGGAGGCGUCCCACAAAGAGGCUGCUGAGAUCAGACAGCGUGCCGACAGUGGGAUAGUAAACCCCGCUUUUGACAUGUCAGAUGAAACUGAUGAUGGGGCGCCAGCAGACCAGAAGCCCGCUGUGACGGGUGAAGAUCAGCUGGUGAGUCAGGAGUCCUCCACAGAGGGAUCUGUGUCCUGGAGAAUCUACCACCAGUACUGCCAGGCAGUUGGAGGUUAUUUCGUCACCUUCCUCACCGUCUUCAUCAUAGUCCUCAUGAUCGGAUCCACAGCCUUCAGCAACUGGUGGCUAAGCUACUGGCUGGGGCAGGGAGACGGGUCCAAUUCAACGUCUAACUCUGGAAAUAUGACUUCUAAACCGGGUGACGUCUCCCAAAAUCCCUGCCUGCACUUCUACCAAAUGAUUUAUGGAGUGAUGAUCCUCGUCACGUUGGUCCUUGCUGUUAUCAAGUGCUUUUUUUACACUCAUGUCACACUCAGAGCUGCCUGCAAACUCCAUGACAGCAUGUUCCGAAAGAUUCUUGCCAGCCCGAUGAGUUUCUUUGACACGACGCCUACUGGACGAAUUCUCAACCGCUUUGCCAAAGAUCAGGAGGAGUUGGACUCUGUGCUUCCUCUCCACAUGGACCCCUUCCUGCAGUUUUGUCUCCUCGUCACAUUCACCAUCGUCAUCAUCGCCUCGGUUUUCCCCGCCAUGCUGGCAGCUGUGGUUGUCAUGGGUGUCUUGUUCACCCUUAUGCUCUUUGUAUUUCAGAGAGGCAUUCGUCAGAUGAAGAAGAUGGAGAACAUCAGCCGCUCUCCGUGCAUCUCUCUCACCACCUCCACCCUACAAGGCCUCAGCACCAUCCACGCCUACAACAUCAGGGACAGCCACAUAAAACUGUUCAAAUCUCUGAACGACAUCAACUCCAACCAUUACUUGCUGUUCCACUCCGGCACACGGUGGCUCUCUUUCUGGUUGGACUUCAUGGCCGCCUCCAUGGCGCUGCUGGUGGCUCUGUUUGUGGUGCUGAGCAGCAACGACGUCAUUAGUCAGCCUCUAAAAGGCCUCACCAUGUCAUACACCAUACAGCUGACAGGCAUGCUCCAGUAUGUAGUGAGGCAGUCAACUGAAGUGGAGGCCAGGUUCAACUCGGUGGAACGACUGCUGGAAUACAUCACGACCUGUAAGUCUGAGGCCCCCAGACACAUAAAGGGGGUUAAGAUUCCUGACGGCUGGCCCAAAAACGGAGCGAUUGCCUUCCAGGAGUACAAAAUGAGGUACAGAGACAACACGCCUAUCGUCCUGAACGGGCUCGAUUUCGCCAUCCAGGCUGGAGAGAAGCUGGGCAUCGUGGGAAGGACGGGCUCUGGGAAAUCCUCCCUAGGCGUGGCUUUGUUCAGACUGGUGGAGCCGGAGGGAGGGAGCAUUCUUAUAGACGACGUGGACAUCGCAGCCAUCGGCCUGCAGGAUCUGCGCAGCAAACUCUCCAUCAUCCCCCAGGACCCGGUGCUCUUCACUGGCACAGUCAGGUACAACCUAGAUCCUUUUAAUCAGUAUACUGAUGAGGAGAUCUGGGCGGUUCUACAGAAAACCUACAUGAAGGACUCGAUCUCCAAGCUAGACGGGACGUUGCAGGCAGAAGUGUUGGAGAAUGGAGAAAACUUCUCUGUUGGUGAGAGGCAGCUGAUGUGUAUGGCCAGAGCGCUUCUCCGUAACUCCAAGAUCAUUCUGCUGGACGAGGCCACGGCCUCCAUCGAUUCAGAGACAGACGCUCUGAUCCAAAACACCAUCAAAGAGGCCUUCCACGACUGCACCAUGCUCACCAUCGCACAUCGCAUCAACACUGUGAUGUAUGCAGACCGCAUUCUGGUCAUGGACGACGGAAAGGCAGCAGAACUGGACCCCCCAGAAGUGCUGAAGCAAAGACCCGACUCCUUGUUCUCCUCACUCCUCGCUGCUGCUAACACUGUGAACACAUAAAACCUCCAGAGCCACAUCAUUGAGCGCAGCAGUAACUCAUAGUGACAGCUCUUCAUCUCUCAGCCUGAUGUCAGUCGGUACUAUAACACUAUAAAGUGGAAAGGUGAGCUUAAGUCAAGUGUGGCAGAGAGGGAGGGAUCAGAUGUGGGAAAUAUGAAACUUUUAUUCUCGUUUUCUUGGUGUAUUUAUAUCAUAAGCGUUCCAGGAAAAACAAUGGUAACAAUGUUCUUUCAUCGGUUUUUGUGUGUAUGUUUUAUUUAUUGCUCCCUGUCACUUUUGCAAAUGACAUGUAAAUGUAGAGAGUAAUGCAGAAUAAUAAGUGAAAACGUAUAUAUUUUUAAAUUGCUACUGCUUUUGAUGGCACAAAAGGCUCUUGUGUAUUGUAAAAACAACAUCCAAUGUUUGCUGAUGAAAUGUACAACAUUUGGCCUAUUUAAAGUCUCUUUAAAUAGGCUAAAAAGUUACUAUUUAAAGUUACUUUUCGUAGGCUGAGUAAAAAUGGAGCUCCAACAACAACAAAAUUAUUUUGUCACAUUUAAUCAAAUUGAUUUAGUCAAACUAAAUUUCUUUACAUUUACUUAACAUGACAACAUAAUAAAUCUACUUGGAUAAACUGAAUUUGUUUACUUGUGACCAGUUAACGCGAUAUAUUUAAGAUCAGCUGUUUUCUUUUUUUUCAGUGUGGAGAGAGAUACAUCCUCACAUGCUAGCAGCUGUAACUGCAGUAAAAUGUAGCUCAGAAAAAUGAGCUAAACACAAAUGCAUCACGCACUUUUCAGAGCUUUGCAAACCCUGUAUGAAUUCCAAGCCGCUUCAAAAAUGAUGCACUAACGCAUGAAAGUCAAAUAAAAAAAUACUGACGACAUUAACAUAGCAUUGCAAAAUUUGAACGAAAGUUAAAAGAGUCUGAAUACUUUUGAAAGGUUGUGAGUUGAUUUUAGCUCAGAGAGGAAAACAUUGUGUUUGGAAACCAAAUAUUAAGCAAUACAAAAUGAGAGCAAAUUGGACCGAAUCACUUUUCAGUUCUCAAAAUUAAGUCUCCUGGAAUGGAGACUUCAGUAGACGGCAUCUUUACACCGGAAACGUGAAAACUCAACAAUACGAAAGAAAAAUAGUUAACAGAAAAGAAAAAUAUUGGUUUCUGAAAAUGAAAAGUCUCUGUUUUCAUCCUGCUGAGCGCCACACGAUGGCGCUAUAACCUUCUACAUACUGAAGGUGCUAUUGGAGAGAAUAACUAUAAACUCCUCAAAGGCACAUCACUCUAUUGUAUUAUAAAAACUACUUUAAACCAUUAAAAUUACUCUAAUAAUAA